AUGCUAAAUUCUAAAUUUUCUGCAGUGUAUAGGAUGCCAAAUUUACAUGCAAAGUGGACCCACCAAACAAUAAACUAAGGGCGCGUUCCGAAGUUCUCUGGCUUCCCGAAAUCCGUCGAUCCGGCUUCUAAAUAGCGAUUCCUGAUUCACGGCCGGAGCGAGGAACGUCCGCUGCUGCUCUGUGGUUCAAGUGGGCUUGAAAGCCCAAACUCCCUAGGGCCAGUAGAGAGGAUUCGUCCUCCCAGCCCAGUCAAGAACGGCAAGGAAGAAAUCAGGGAUGCGGCCAUGGACAUAGACGAAGAGAAACAGGGGAGGCGGAGGGGUUUCACUGGCAUCCGGCGGCCAACGGAUGGCGAGGGACGGCACAACACGGGCCAGGCUAGGGCUAGAAUAGGGCGUCGAGGCAGUCAUCCAGGGGUAAGGCAUGGACGUCGCGGGCGCAGGAAGCCGUGAAUCGACGGCGGCGACCGGGCCAGAACGGCCGUGACGGAGCCGAAGGCGUGAGUCCGUCGACUGCGAAGGGGACGGUAGCGGGGCCUGCUGAAGUCCAGUGCAACAGAGGAGGGGCUAGGCGGCGGGGAAGGCCCUCCUGACGGCUAGGGUUCCGGCCUCUCCAUGAUUGGACUGAGAAAAUGGUGGUGCUCGCCUGCUCGGGCAGAGAAGGAAAAGAACCAAGAGAAGCUCCGCAGAGCUGGCUUGUUCGGUGACACUCCAUGAUGGAUUUUACGGAAGCUGGAAGUUGGAGGAUCUCCGAACGCUCCCUAACCAGAUUUCCGCCGCACCUUCCUCUCCCUCAACCGUCCAAGACCAUCUCUCCGCCUCCGCACAGUGCCUUGCGCUCAGGUCCGUCUGUGCCCCUGCCCCAGCGCCCAUGGCCGCCUCUAUGCCCCUGCGUUGCCUCCGCCGGCUCCUGCGAGCCCCACCACCAUCGCCGCCUGCUUCCAGCGCAGGUCUGCAACGAUUCAUUUCAUCGGCGCCAGAGGUGGAAGAGGUCCCAUCAAAAGUGGCUUUUGGAAGGGGGCUGUAAUUCAAAGUAUUUUCAUAGAAUUGCUAAUGGGAGGAAAAGGAAGAAUACCAUUUUUUCUCUGGAAGCUGAGUCUGGUAAUAUUUCUGAUCCUAAAAUGUUACUGCAACAUGCAAUUGAUUAUUAUAGAGCUUUGUUUAGACCCUUUUCUGAGGAUGAAGUGAGUUUUGCCCUUUUUGCUAUGGAAACUAACAAAGCUCUUGGUCCUGAUGGACUUCCUAUUGAGUUCUUUCAAGCUAGGUGGGAAUUUAUGAAACUUGAUAUUAUGUAUCUUUUUCAUGAGUUUCACAAGGGGAGUUUAGACAUUCAUGGGCUCAAUUAUGGGGUGAUCACUUUAUUGCCUAAGAUUUCGGAUGCUUGCAAAAUUCAACAGUUUAGGCCUAUUUGUCUGUUAAACUGCUUGUACAAAUUAGUUACCAAGGUUCUUUCUAUUAGACUUGAUUCUGUCAUGCAUAAGCUGAUUAGUAUUCAUCAGAAUGCAUUCAUUGGGGGGAGAUAUAUAGUUGAUGGUAUCCUUUCCUUACAUGAAAUCAUGCAUGAGGUUAAAAGACAAAACACCACUGGUAUUUUUCUGAAACUUGAUUUUGAGAAAGCCUAUGACAAGGUUGAUUGGGCAUUUCUGCUGUCUUGCAUUGAAGUUAGAGGUUUUUGUUCUAAUUGGAUCUCCUGGAUUAGUAAAGUCUUGUGUAAUGGGACAGUGUGUGUUAAGAUGAACGACAUGAUUGGCUCUUACUUCCAGAGUUUUAAAGGGGUUAGGCAGGGUGACCCUUUGUCCUCUUCUCUGUUUAAUUUUGCUGCUGAUUGUCUCACUAGAAUGAUCUUUAUAGCAUAGUAUAAUGACUUAUUUCUGGUUUGAUACCUCAUUUGUUACCUCCCGGUAUAGCCUUGAUUUCUGGUUUGAUACAAUUUUAUGUAUUGAACAUGACAUGGAUAAGGCUGUCAAUUUGAAGCUGCUUUUCUAUUCUUUUGAGCUGAUGUCUGGUCUCAAAAUUAAUUUCCUCAAGAGUGAGAUUUAUAUAAUUGGAGGGGACAACCUCAUUGUCCAAUCAUAUUCAGAUCUUUUUGGUUGUAAUGUUGGGGAAAUUCCUUUUUCUUAUCUGGGAGUGCCUGUUGGUGGCUCCAGGCUCCUGAGCAAACAUUGGGAUUUUCUUUGUGCCAAAGUGGCCAAAAAGUUAGAUGCCUGGAGAGGUGGCUCCCUUUCCUCUGAGGGUAGGGCUGUGCUAAUUAAAGCCUGCCUAGAAAGUGUGCCUACUUAUCAUAUGUCUAUGUAUAGACUACCUAAGAAUGUUGUUGAGAAGCUUGACAAGUCUAGGAGAACCUUCUUCUGGCAAGAAAAUUGCAAUAAGAAAAAGUAUCAUUUGGUUAAAUGGUCCAGGGUUUGCAGACCCAAGGAGAAAGGGGGUUUGGGGUUUAGAAAUAUUGAGGCCUUUAAUACUGCCCUUCUGUGCAAGUGGUGGUGGCGCUUGGAAACCAAGCAGGGAAUGUGGCUGCAUUGUAUUGGCUAAAUACAUGAGAAAUGCCUCUGUUGCUUCUGUGACUGUCAAAAUUAAUGACUCUCCUUGUUGGAAGGAUCUUAUGAAAGUUAAAAGUCUCUACCUGGCUGGUAGGAAAGGUGUUGUUGGCUCAGGAGACAUUAUUAGGUUUUGGGAGGAUUCCUGGUGGGGAGAAGCUCCACUCUACCAGACUUACCCUAAGCUGUUUUUGUUUUGCAACUCUAAGGAUACUUCCAUUGCUGUGUUUAAACAUGAUAUUCAUGAUGUAUCCUUCUCUAGAUGGUUGCAUGGUCCUCUAGCUUGCUACUGUGGUUCAGAACCUUGUACUCACUGACACUCCUGAUACCUUCCUUUGGAAAUGGGAUGCUAAGAAGGUGUUCACUGUCAGUUCUUUGUAUAAUCAUUUGUGUAGAAAUGUUGCUAGUCCCAAUUUCUCCUUCAUCUGGAAAGCAAAGUUGCCUCUUCAAAUCAAAAUCUUCCUUUGGCAAGUUUUCCUGAACUCCAUUUUGACUAAACACAAUAUGAUUAAGAGGCAGUGGCCUGAUAGCCCAAAAUGUUAUUUUUGUCACAAGAAUGAAACUAUGUUACAUCUUUUCUUUGAAUGUACUGUGGCUAGAGUGGUGUGUGGGUGCCUGGGCUACUUGCUUGGUAUUGAUAUGAUACCCUCUUCAACCUGGCAAUACUUUAUCUGGAUGAGACGUUUUGUCCCUGGUUUAAAAACCUUUUUCGUGGAAGGCCUUGGUGCGGUUUGCUGGGCUAUAUGGAAAAGUAGAAACUCUGUUUGUUUCGAGAGAAAAAUUGUUCAUCAUCCUACAGCUAUUGUGUUUCUUCUGUGCUCCUUACUCCAAUACUGGGCUGAGAUGCAGAAGGAUCUGAAGAUGCGACAGGGGAUCGUGGAGGGGGCACUUGAACUUCUGCAAGCUACAAUCAGACUUCGGCGUCUACACCAGGCUGCGAGACCAGGCGACUGAUUCUGAACUUCGUCAGUCGAAGACUCUAGCUUUGCUGAUAUUUUGUUUCGUCCUCGCACACUUGCUUUACCUUUUGGCCCCCGCGUGGGCUAUGUUCAUCGCUGUUUCUCUGUAACUCCCAUGUUUGAUGGGUUGAAUAGUACUCUGUUGGUGGCAGCAGGUUUUCGUCCCAUAGUGAUCCUCCCGAACCGGGUGGAUCACAGUGAGUUUCUUGCUGGUGUCCGAAUCAGCUUCUUUC